AUGUUCCGCAACAACUACGACAACGACUCCGUCACCUACUCCCCUCAGGGCCGCAUCUUCCAGAUCGAGUACUCGGAGGAAGCUGUCAAGCAAGGAUCUGUGGUCGUCGGCAUCGCAAGCAAGAAACAUGUUGUUCUCUGCGCAAUCAAGCGCAACGCCGAGGAACUCUCCUCCUACCAGAAGAAGCUCUUCGCCAUCGACGAGCACUGCGGCAUCGCCAUUGCCGGCCUGACGUCCGACGCCCGAGUCCUCUCCAACUUUAUGAAGCAGCAAGCACUCGGUCACCGCCUCACAUACGGGCGGGCCAUGCCCGUCGCCUCCCUGGUAGACGAGAUUGGCACCAAAGCACAGAUCAACACACAGAUGUACGGCAAGAGACCUUAUGGCGUGGGACUGCUGGUAGCCGGUGUCGAUGAGGAUGGCACUCAUCUCUUCGAGUUCAAGCCCUCAGGGAUGACGGAGGAGCUCGUCGGCUGCGCCAUUGGCGCGAGGAGUCAGAUGGCGAGGACGUACCUGGAGAAGAACAUUGACGCCUUCGCCGACGCGUCCAAAGAGGACUUGAUCAAGCACGGUCUGCAAGCCCUCCAUGAGACCCUGGUGCAGGACAAGGAACUCACCAUUGACAACACGGCCGUGGGCGUGACGGGGUUCAAGGAGGGGUCAAAGAACAAGGCGGAGCCCUUCCAGCUUUACGAGGCGGCAGAGGUCAAGCAGUGGCUGGAUGUGAUCAGCGAAUCCAAAGAAGGGAACGAGGGCGAGGGAAUGGAUGUGGAUGAAUAG